AUGCUGUCCUCUUCCUUCCGUAAAGUCACCUCAGUCAUCAGGCCCAUCGCUAUGCGGUCUUUCGCCACUGGUCCAGCCACUGGUGGAGAGAUCUCCGACGAUCUUCUCGCAAAGCUUGGUGGCUUGUCCACCCAAGCAUUGGUUGAUGGUCUUUGGGUCAUGGGAUGGCCAUCUGCCCAAAUCGAUGGAGCUCGUGCUCUUGCACCAGGAAUGAAGUGUGUUGGCCGUGCUGUUACCUUGAACUUUGUUCCAGCUCGUCCUGAUAUUGCUCAAGACAAGCCUCCUGCCGGUGAAUCUCCAGAAUACGAAGCCUUUGAGAAGUGCGGACCAAAUGAAGUUCUUGUCAUGUCUUCUGUCGGACCAUGGGAGAGUGUUGGUGGAGACAUCAAGUUCCUUCGAUUGAAGCAACUCGAAAUUGGGGGACUCGUCACUGAUGGAAGUGUCAGAGAUACCGAUGAAAUCAUCGACUACGGCUUCCCAUGCUUCGCAUAUUCUACCACUGCUCGCCAAGGACCAGCUGCCAUGCAACCAUGGGAGUGCAAUGGUGUGAUUAAUGUUAGUGGAGUCACCGUCCGCCCUGGUGAUGCAAUCGUGGGAGACCAAGACGGUGUUGUGGUUGUUCCAGCAAAGGUUGCCGAGACAGUUUACUCCAUUGCCCACGGACGUGAAGUCAUUGAGGACAUUGUCAAGGAGGAAUUGACCAAAAACCCUGGUCCCCCAGGAAAGUUCUAUCCAUUCAUGAGCGGAAAGAUUAAGGUUGGCUCCCCUCUUGCAGAACUCCUUGCCUCGAAGGGGAUCACCCCUGAGAACUCGAACCAAUUCGAAGGAACUGCCGACUGGUAA